UGUUAGGGGGGCGGCGGGAGUCAUUUAUGCAGAGCGGGCGCUGCUGCCAUUGCCACUCGCACUCCCCGCGCGCCGCUCGGAGCCGGAGGGAGCGCAGGGAGCGAGCUAGCGAGCGCUCGGAGCCCGGGCCAGCAGAGGGGGCGCCCGGCCGCUGCCUGCACCGCCGCCUCCGCCGCGUUCCGGGGCCCGGGGAGGAGCGAAGGCUAGUCGGAGAGUCGGGAGCCGAGCCGGCGAGACCCAACUGCAGGAGGGCGCCCGCCCCGCUCAGCCGCCUCCUGCGCCGGAGCCGGGGAGCCCCCGCCGAUCGCCCCGCGGGCCGGAGGGCACGGCGCGCAGGUCCCCGCAGCCCCAGGGAUGGUCUAGGAGCCGGCGCCAGGCUCGCCGUUUGCUCCCCGCCGGGGCUCGCCGCCUCCUGCGGAUCGCCCAGGGCUGCGCGCCGCGGCGGCCGGGGGCUGCGCGCCGGGGCGGCCCAGGCCGGAGAAGUUAGUUGUGCGCGCCGCUCGUGCGCGGAGUCAGCGAGCGAGCGAGGGAGGCAGCGAGGCGCCGGGGCCAUGGGCUGGGGGAGCCGCUGCUGCUGCCCGGGACGCCUGGACCUGCUGUGCGUGCUGGCGCUGCUCGGGGGCUGCCUGCUCCCCGUGUGCCGGACGCGCGUCUACACCAACCACUGGGCAGUCAAAAUCGCCGGCGGCUUCCCGGAGGCCAACCGCAUCGCCAGCAAGUACGGAUUCAUCAACAUGGGACAGAUCGGAGCCCUGAAGGACUAUUACCAUUUCUAUCAUAGCAGGACGAUUAAAAGGUCAGUUCUCUCGAGCAGAGGAACCCACAGUUUCAUUUCAAUGGAACCAAAGGUGGAGUGGAUCCAACAGCAAGUGGUAAAAAGACGGACAAAGAGGGAUUAUGACUUCAGCCGUGCCCAGCCGACUUACUUCAACGAUCCCAAGUGGCCGAGCAUGUGGUAUAUGCACUGCAGCGACAACACGCAUCCCUGCCAAUCAGACAUGAAUAUCGAAGGAGCCUGGAAGAGAGGCUACACGGGAAAGAACAUCGUGGUGACCAUCUUGGACGAUGGCAUCGAGAGAACCCAUCCGGACCUGCUGCAGAACUAUGAUGCCCUGGCGAGUUGUGACGUGAACGGGAAUGAUCUGGACCCAAUGCCUCGUUACGAUGCCAGCAACGAGAACAAGCAUGGGACCCGCUGUGCUGGAGAAGUGGCAGCCGCAGCAAACAACUCUCACUGCACAGUCGGAAUUGCUUUCAAUGCCAAGAUCGGAGGGGUUCGGAUGCUGGAUGGAGAUGUCACAGACAUGGUUGAAGCGAAAUCGGUUAGCUUCAAUCCCCAGCACGUGCAUAUCUACAGUGCCAGCUGGGGCCCGGAUGAUGAUGGCAAGACCGUGGACGGACCGGCUCCACUCACCCGGCAAGCCUUUGAAAACGGCGUUAGAAUGGGGCGGAGAGGCCUCGGCUCUGUUUUUGUCUGGGCCUCAGGAAAUGGUGGAAGGAGCAAAGACCACUGUUCCUGUGACGGCUACACCAACAGCAUCUACACAAUCUCCAUCAGCAGCACAGCUGAGAGUGGGAAGAAGCCUUGGUACCUGGAAGAGUGUUCGUCCACAUUGGCCACCACCUACAGCAGUGGAGAGUCUUACGAUAAGAAAAUAAUUACCACAGAUCUGAGGCAACGCUGUACAGACAACCACACCGGGACCUCGGCCUCGGCCCCCAUGGCUGCGGGCAUCAUCGCCCUCGCCCUGGAAGCCAAUCCGUUUCUGACCUGGAGAGACGUGCAGCAUGUUAUUGUCAGGACUUCCCGUGCAGGACAUUUGAACGCUAAUGACUGGAAAACCAAUGCUGCGGGUUUUAAGGUGAGCCAUCUCUAUGGAUUUGGACUGAUGGACGCAGAAGCCAUGGUGAUGGAAGCCGAGAAGUGGACCACUGUUCCCCAGCAGCACGUGUGUGUGGAGAGCACAGACCGACAAAUCAAGACAAUUCGCCCCAACAGCGCCGUGCGCUCCAUCUACAAAGCUUCGGGGUGUUCCGAUAACCCCAACCACCACGUCAACUACUUGGAGCACGUGGUUGUGCGCAUAACCAUCACCCACCCGAGGAGGGGAGACCUGGCCAUCUACCUGACCUCGCCCUCGGGAACCAGGUCCCAGCUUUUGGCCAACAGGCUUUUUGAUCAUUCCAUGGAAGGAUUUAAAAACUGGGAGUUCAUGACCAUUCAUUGCUGGGGAGAACGAGCCACCGGUGACUGGAUCCUUGAAGUUUAUGAUACUCCCUCCCAGCUGAGGAACUUCAAGACCCCAGGGAAGUUGAAAGAAUGGUCUUUGGUCCUCUAUGGCACCUCCGUGCAGCCCUACUCCCCAACGAACGAGUUUCCUAAGGUAGAACGUGUCCGUUAUACCCGAGUCGAAGACCCCACCGAGGACUAUGGUACGGAGGAUUAUGCAGGUCCCUGCGACCCUGAGUGCAGUGAGGUUGGCUGUGACGGCCCCGGCCCGGACCACUGCAGCGACUGCUUGCAUUACUACUACAAGCUGAAAAACAACACCAGGAUCUGUGUCUCCAGCUGCCCCCCUGGCCACUACCAUGCUGACAAGAAGCGAUGCAGGAAGUGUGCCCCCAACUGUGAGUCCUGCUUUGGGAGCCAUGGUGACCAGUGUCUGUCCUGUAAAUAUGGAUACUUCCUCAACGAAGAAAUCAACAGCUGUGUUACCCACUGCCCCGAUGGCUCAUACCAGGACACCAAGAAAAGUCUUUGCCGGAAAUGCAGUGAGAAUUGCAAGACAUGUACAGAAUUUCACAAUUGCACAGAAUGCAGGGAUGGGUUAAGCCUGCAGGGAUCACAGUGUUCCAUCACCUGUGAAGACGGGCAGUACUUCAAUGGCCAGGACUGUCAGCCCUGUCACCGCUUCUGUGCCACCUGUGCAGGGGCGGGCGCCACCGGGUGUACAAACUGCACCGAGGGCUACUUCAUGGAGGACGGGAGAUGCGUGCAGGCCUGUAGCACCAGCUAUUACUUGGACCCCUCUUCAGAGCACGGAUACAAAUCCUGCAAGAAAUGUGAUGCCAGCUGUUUGACAUGCAAUGGUCCGGGGUUCAAGAACUGCACGAGCUGCCCCAGUGGGUAUCUCUUAGACCUAGGGACGUGUCAGAUGGGAGCCAUCUGCAAGGACGGAGAAUACAUCGAUGAGCAUGGCCACUGCCAGAUCUGUGACGCCUCGUGUGCCAAGUGCUGGGGGCCCACUCAGGAAGACUGCACUGGCUGCCCUGUCACAAGGAUUCUUGACAAUGGCCACUGCGUUUUCAAAUGUCCCUCAGGGAAAUUUGAAUUUCAGAACCAAUGCCAUUUGUGCCAUUACACCUGCCAAGAAUGCCAAGGAAAUGAGCCUUCCAACUGCACUUCCUGUGGAGUAGAUAAGCAUGGCCAGGAGCGCUUCCUGUAUCAGGGGGAGUGUUGGGAGAGCUGCCCAGCAGGCUACUACCCUGCUGAGGGGCACACCUGCCUGCCCUGCCCUGACAACUGUGAACUUUGCCACAGCGCACACAUCUGUAUACGAUGCGCGGGAGGCUACUUCCUAGUGUCCACCAGCCAUACCUGCCAGAAGUUGGCGUGUGGACAAGGUGAAGUCCAAGACCCAGACUAUGGAGAGUGUGUGCCUUGUGAAGAAGGAUGCCUGGGAUGCAACUUGGGCGACCCAGGAACCUGUGCAUCAUGCAGUACGGGGUAUUACAUGUUUCAGCACCACUGUCAUAAAACGUGUCCCGAGAGGACCUACGGCGAAGGAUCUGAAUGUAAACCGUGUGAUACGAACUGCAGCAACUGUGACCCGCAUGAGUGCUACUCGUGUGAAGAGGGCUUCUUUCUCCUGGGCGGCACGUGUGUGCGCAAUUGUGGCCCCGGCUUCUACGGCGACCUGGAGACGGGAGAAUGUGAGCCCUGCCACCGGGCCUGUGAAACCUGCACUGGUUUUGGCCACCAGCAGUGUCGCACGUGCCGAGAAGGACUGCAGCUGCGGCAGGGGACGUGUGUGGGUCCCGCCCAGACUCCGGUGGAAGGCGAAUUCUGGAACGAACCUGCACCCACUUCAUCUUUGGUGAAGACCUGGCCACAGAAACGACGGCGGAAGUUUCCAAUCAAAAGAGACAUUUUGAGAGGACACCAGCCGUGUCAUCCUUCUUGUGAAACCUGCAAUGAAUCUGCAACCCUGUGCACUUCGUGUCCAAAAGGCACGUAUCUGUUGGCCCAGGCCUGUGUCUCCUCGUGUCCCGAAGGCACAUGGCCCUCGGUGACGAGUGGCAGCUGCGAGAACUGUCCGGAGGACUGUGCCUCCUGCUCUGGAGCCAAUCUUUGCGGAAAGUGCCGGACUCGGCCAGACUUCCCUCUCUUCCUCCAUGAAGGCAGGUGCUACACCAGAUGUCCUGAGGGCUUCUACGCAGAAGACAGCACAUGUAGGCGCUGCAGCGCCCCCUGCAGAACAUGUGAAGGAAAUGCCACCAGCUGCCGCUCUUGCCAAGGAGGCUUCGUCUUGGACCAGGGAGCAUGCCGGGAAACCUGCCCCGAGAGGCACGUGGCCAUGGACGGGGUGUGCAGGCCUUGCCCCAAGAUGUGUCAGGACUGCAUCCAUGAGCAAACAUGCAAAGAGUGUAUGCCUGAGUCCUUCCUGUACAAGGACAUGUGCCAUCAGUCCUGUCCCCGCGGCUACUACGCAGACAGACGCCAGUGUGUCCCCUGCCACGAAGACUGUCUGGAGUGUGAUGGCCCCUCAGCGGAUGACUGUGACCUCUGUGCUGAGUCAUCCUCGGUUCUCUAUGAUGGACGCUGCUUGGAGGAGUGUCCGGCAGGGACUUACUAUGAGAAAGAGACCAAGGAGUGCAGAGAGUGUCACAAGUCUUGCCGGACCUGCUCGUCGCCUGGGACCUGCACCACCUGUCGGGAAGGCCUGGGGAUGGCCAGCCACGGACGCUGUGUGCCUCACAAGGAAUGUGCCCCGGUUGAGUACUGGGAUGAGGCUCUGGGAUGCAAGCCCUGUCAUGCUAAGUGUUUCCGCUGCACCGGGCCCGCAGAGGACCAGUGUCGCACCUGCCCGAGGGACAGCCUUCUUCUCAACAUGACCUGUGUGCAGGACUGCCCCGAGGGCUACUACGCUGAUGAGGACAGCCACCAGUGCGCGCCCUGCCACAGCUCUUGUAGGACAUGUGAAGGGAGACGCAGCACACAGUGCCUCUCCUGCCAACCAAGCUCGUUCCAGCUGGAAAAGGAGUGCCUGCCCCAGUGCAGGGAAGGAUAUUACGCGGAAGAAGCCACCGGACGGUGUGAGAGGUGUAGCAAGACCUGCAAGGCGUGCCGCGGCCCGCGGCCCACCGACUGCCUGUCUUGCGAUACGUUUUUCUUCCUGCUCCGCUCCAAGGGAGAGUGUCAUCGCACCUGCCCAGAGCAUUACUACGCGGAUCAAAACACACGGACGUGUGAGAGAUGCCACCCAACUUGCAACAAAUGCAGAGGAAAAGGUCCGUUGAACUGUUUAUCUUGUGUGUGGAGUUACCACCUAGCGGGAGGAAUCUGCACCUCAGACUGUCUGGUGGGAGAAUACAGAGUGAAAGAGGGGGAGAAGUUUAACUGUGAAAAAUGCCACGAAAGCUGCGUGGAAUGCAAGGGACCCGGCACCAAGAACUGCACUGUGUGCCCCGCCGACCUGGUGCUGCUUCUGGACGACAGUCGUUGUCUACACUGCUGCAAUACUUCCGACCCCUCCAAUGCCCAGGAGUGCUGUGACUGCCGGGACACCACAGACGAGUGUAUCCUUCAAGCAAGUGAAAUUGGGCCUGCAGGCGAGCGGACCAAGACAGCCCUGUUCAUCACCUCCUCCAUUAUGCUGGUGCUUCUGCUCGGGGCGGCAGUGAUUGUCUGGAAGAAAUCACGGGGCCGAGCCCAGCCAGUAGCAAAAGCCGGCUAUGAGAAGCUGACCGACCCUGGCAAGUCAUAUGUUUCCUAUAAGAGCAGCCAUCUUGAAAGCACCAGCUUUGAAGAAGAUCAGGUCAUUGAGUACAGGGACCAGGACUAUGAUGAGGAGGAGGAUGAUGACAUCGUCUACAUGGGCCAAGAUGGCACCAUCUACCGGAAAUUUAAGUAUGGGCUGCUGGAUGAUGAUGAGGAUGAGCUGGAAUACGACGAUGAAAGUUACUCCUACCAGUAGACAGAGCCCUCCCCCGCCUUCGCCCUGCCCCAUCCUGUCCCAGGCAUUACAGUUUUGGGGUUUUAGUCCCACACACCAGGCUGAUGUGUGGGUGUUUGUCUGUGUCCUCUUAACCCUGAGUCCAGCUAGAGCUGGUAACAAAUGCUGAAAUGAUUGGUUCUUCUUUGGGGUGACUACAUUCAAUCGACCGUAACUGGGGAACAGGGAUAAAAUUCAGAGGGAUUUUCCUCAAAAUAAUAUGUCAAAAUACAGAAGUGAAAAAAAAAAAAGUGAGAUUUGUACAAACUGUUUGAUGUGAUUGAAAAAAAAAAAGCGGUGGGCCUAUAGGAAUUCUGUUUCUCAGCGAUAUUGCGGGGAUAUUUGCUGCCUUCUGGAAUUCUGAUAUUUCUGUAAAUGAUUUUGGGGGGACAGGGAGAGGAAAGAGAUUCUUGUUUGUCUUAGGGGAUUUUUCUCCCCUGUGAGCUAUCUGUAGGCAGAGGUUGGCUCUGUAAGGGCCAGCUAAAGAGGGCUCACCACCUCAUGCCAUUUAUCACCCCGUUCCUCCCCAAAGAAAGAGUUGGAAUGGAUUCUAACAUGGAAAAAUCCGAACGUCCUGCUCACCAGCAUAACAACCCAGUUACCCACCAGCCUUCCAAAGCUCUCUACCUCUGGGAUCUGUUUUUAGACGUCCUAGGCUUCCCUUGGUCCACUCUCCUGUCAAGUACACACUUGGAUUUGUGCAUGAGGCACAGUUUUCUACAAAUAGCAAUCCAGAGGGAAGGGCUCUUACUGCGUGAAAUUACAUAGGCCGGGUUUUGCAGAUUUCCUUGUCAAAGCAGAAAUUACAGGCAAUGCUAGGAGGGGAUCGCAAGAAAAUGACGUUUUCAGAUGAUAAUGCUACUCAGAAAAAAAUUUAUUGCACACCUACUAUGCGCUAGGUACCGAGCUAAAUAAUGCCUUUCAGAAAAAAAUCACCCCACUUAAUACCAUGACUUCAUGAGGUUGGUACCAUUAUCGCUCUGUUUUUAUAGGGAACCUCAGACUUCCUGAGAGGUUAGGUAACUAGCCCAAGGUCACAGAAAGCUAAGCAAGAUUCCUGGAAAAAGAAUGACCCUAAAAGGCAUAUUCUUAAUACCUAUGCUAGACUGACAUAAAAUAAAAAGGAACCUAAAUAUAGUAAAAGCAUGUAUAUUAUUUUAUGAUACGGCAACUCUGUUACCUUUACUGAAUCCAUGCAUUUUUCUUGUCUUUUAACGUAACGAAUCACGGAUACGGGAAAUCUCUGUAAAGAAGUCUUCAUUGUA